AUGGCCGACUGGGACACACACGCUGCCCUCGGUGGGCACUUGCGCGACCAAAAUGCUACGGCCGAGAAGAAGCCCAAGAACGAACAUAGAUGGAUCUGGUUCGUCACGGGUCCGACGGCAUGUGGAAAGACGACGGUUGCGAAGGCGCUGGCCAAGAAUCUGAAUUUCACUUAUGUCCGAGGGUGA